GGAUUCACUGUACCCAGAAGAUACCCAACCCAGCACGCUUCGGGACUGAGUGUAAACGCAGUACAGGAUUAACUGAAAAUGAUUUGGACGCACGCUGUCAUUGUGUUCCUGUGGCUUUGUCCAAUCCACGCUGCGUUUGGGCAGGACUGUCCCAGCAGGCAGGACAUGCAGAUCUUUGUCACCAUGACGAACACCUCGUCUGCCACCUCCUCUGCGGCUGCUGCCAUCUCUCCCCGGCUGUGACUGUUGGUCCGUUUUCCGUCCGUCUCGCUGUACGCAGGUCCAGGGCACCACCCACUGCACCUGUGACCCGGAUACACCAUCUCUGGGCGUGACAGCACCACUU